AUGUCUUUGUCCAGGGCCGAAUACCUUGCUCUCUUUGCCUCUCUUUCCCUGGUGUUCCUGGAAGGGGUCAUUCGUCUGAUCACCUUAUACCUUCCGGAGCCCAUUAUUCGCUUCUGCUAUCAGCAGUCCAAAGCCUUAUUCAAUCUUCUUUCUUCGCCUCAGGGCCGGGUCUCCCGUGCUAAACAGAAGACACUCGCUGAAUCGAUUGCGCGCGCCUCCGACUUUGCCGAUCUCUGCGCGUUGUUUGGAUACGAGGCAGAGGAACACAUCGUCCAGACGGGCGAUGGAUAUCUUCUUGGCUUGCAUCGCCUUCCUUAUAGGAAAGGCGAAGAGGGAAUGUUGGUGAACACUGGCGAAGGCAGUAUCCGCAAGAAAGUAGUCUAUCUGCACCAUGGCCUGCUCAUGAAUAGCGAGGUCUGGGUGUGCAUGACCGACGAGCAACGUUGUUUGCCAUUCCAGCUAGUCGAGAGAGGCUACGAUGUCUGGCUAGGCAAUAAUCGCGGCAACAAAUACUCGAAGAAAUCCACGCGAUGCUCGCCGGCGACCACGGAAUUCUGGAACUUCUCGAUCGAUGAAUUCGCCUUUCAUGAUAUUCCAAAUAGUAUUGAAUACAUCCUGGAAGUCACAAAGCAGCCGUCCUUGUCGUACAUAGGAUUUUCGCAAGGCACGGCCCAAGCAUUUGCAACGCUGUCGAUCCAUCCCGUGCUCAAUCAGAAGGUCGAUGUCUUUGUUGCCCUCGCCCCUGCCAUGUCUCCCGCCGGACUCCAUAACGGUAUUGUGGACUCCUUGAUGAAGGCCUCGCCACAGGUCGUCUUUCUCGCUUUUGGACGACGGAGCAUUCUCAGCUCAACCACGAUGUGGCAGGCCAUCCUCUACCCUCCGAUCUUUGUCCGGAUCAUUGACGUGGCACUGCGCCUGCUUUUCAAUUGGACGGGUGAAAAUAUCACCCAGUCCCAGAAGCUGGCCGCAUAUCCUCAUCUGUACUCCUUCACCAGCACCAAAUCGGUCGUGCACUGGUUCCAGAUCAUACGCAAUAAGAGCUUCCAGAUGUACGAUGACGAGGUUCGGGGCCCUUUUAGCAUUGGGGCCAGCAGUCGAUACUACAAACCAGUCAAGUAUCCGACCAGAAAUAUCAAAUCUCCGGUCGUCCUGAUUUACGGUAGUAGUGACAGUCUUGUCGAUAUAAAUGUCAUGCUCCGAGAGUUACCGCGUCGCACUACCGUGAGGGAAAUUCCCAAAUACGAACAUUUGGAUUUUCUGUGGGCUCAAGAUGUGGAUCAGCUGGUCUUCCACCAUAUCUUCGAGGCCCUUGAAACGCACGCUGGUGGCCAUUCUACUGUUGCCUCCUCGAAAGAAAGGACUGCACAGGACACCACCACUACCACCAAAUCUGUUGUUGACACCAAGCCUGUUGACACCAAGCCUGUUGACACCAAGCCUGUUGUGUCUCCGCUGAAGCAAAACAAAAUCGAAAACCUAAGGCCAGUACCAAAUAUCUCCACGACCCGAAAAUACUACACGUCUUCUUCUAUCGACAGAUAUUCCCCUCGCGGCCCGUCCUAUGCGGACGAAGACUGGAGAGUCGAUCCGGGGAAGGCCCCGGAAGAUGUUGAUUUGGACGCGGUGCUGUAA